GAAUUAAAAAGGUCUAAGGUAGCGACCAUGCCCCCCAUUCUCUCGGAAGAAGAAUCGGCUCUCGAUCCCUAUGUUGUCCUUGGAAUUGGAGCCGGGGCAACAACCAAAGAGGCUGAACGGGCGUUUCGUAAGAAGUCGCUCAAGUAUCAUCCGGACAAGAAUCCUGCACCUGAAGCUGCUGUAAUAUUCCAUCAGCUAUCAUUGUCUCUCGGUAUCUUUCAAGAUCAGGCCAAACGCAAUUAUGUGGAUAACCAGCUUGAAAUUGAUAGGAAAAAAAAGCAGCGAUAUGCAGAGAUGGAUAAGAAGCGUAAAGCGAUGGUCGAUGCGCUUGUAGCGAGGGAAGAAGAAGCCAAAAAGCAAAAAGUUGAGCAGGUCAAGAGAUGGCAGCAGCAGGUACAGGCAGACGAAGAGGCUAUCAAGGAUGCCGGACGGCGGAUGUUGGAGGAAGCGCAAAAGCGUGCAGCUGCAAUAGCCGCCGCUGCUACUGCUGCUCGAGCGGCAAGAGCGCCAGAAGCGGCUGCACGAAAACCUACUGGCGGAGUCUGAAUUUCCCACCUCCUUCAUCUCCAAAGUAAUACUUAUAAACCUUAAUAAAAACGCGCCUAUAAGCAAGGCUAUUAACCAUUUCCAUUGGAAGAUUGCAUAGCAAUCUGGCCGAUUGCCUUUUAUACAGAGGCCCUUCUCCUCAUAGGCAGGAUAGGGUGAAUUUGAUUCCGUCGAAAGAGAUAUGCGGAGAAGAGGAACGAACGAAGACGAGAACGAACGAGCACAUUGUCCUCUGUCCAAGUCUGAUUUCUAUUUUGGGGCUAGAAACGGAGAAGAAGCUGGAUAAGAUCGAACUGCUGGAGGACAUUAGCGUUCGGAAGACUCGCUAUCAGGCCCUCAAAUGGACAAUUCUGAGAUCCAUUGCGAAGAUCUGUAAGCUCACAGGGGCUCAAGUCUUUAUAAUGUAUCACUGUUCACCGAGACCGCAAUGAGCGGCCGACUUUUCCCUUCCAUGAGAUGUAUAUCUGUCCCGGAUUUUGCUCCAAGGGCGGUGUUCCCGAGGAAUAUUUGCUUGAAGCCGCCCGACAGCAUAUCCAAGAGCCGGAGGUUGUAGACCCGGAUCUCAUCCACAGCGAAGGUCACAGCGAUGUAAACGUCAGUUACUUACCGGUUGCUGGCCCUUCUGUUGCUGUGAAAAGGAUUUUGAUGGGAGUGGUAAAAUGGGGCCAGGAGUCUGAUCCCUCAGGCCCCAAAGCUUUGCUUGAAAAGGGCAAGGAAGCUGAGAGAUUAAUGCGAGAGCGAGACCGGCGCUUGAAGCAAAAGGCUGGAAAGCAUUUACGAGGCAAUGAACCGAAGGGUCGACAGUCACUCCGGAGUUGAUGGGGAGAUCCUCGAGUUGAAGUCGAAGGUCAUGGAAAGUAGUUGAAAGUGUCAGCUGGACUGAGGGAAAGUAAUUGAAAGAGAGACCGUUUGGGUCA